AUGCAACAGUUUAAAGAAAUAAAUUAAAAUUUAAUUGAUAACGCUGGGCCGUCAGCCCGUUCGAUUUUUCGAUUUUUUUUUUCGAACGGCCCAGCGUUAUCAAUUCACUCCGUAAAGACUGGGUUCUAAUUUAAUUUCCCGCCAUUUUGGCCGCCAUGUUGUUGUGCUAUAGUAUGCUAGUAUUUGCUAUAAAUUAAAUAGUAAAUUUAUCGUCAAUUCGCUCAACACUGCUGCAGCAGCAGUGCUGCUUGUUUGUUUUUAAUAAAUACUUGUACAGUAUUUAUGGCUGGAAAUAUCGACUGGAAGGGUAAUGCUGAGCUUCAGCACGACUUGAAGAGUUAUGUUCGUCAAAAUUUACGACGAUCUGAAGUACUUGAUUUUGUACGACGUGAUUAUUCGCAGUAUUCAUGGAGUCUUGCUACUCUUGAUAGACGUCUUCGUUACUUUGAUAUUCACUAUAUUGAUUAUGAUACUCCACUUGCUGUGGUAGCAGAUGCUGUACAAAAAAAAUUGGAUGGGCCUGGACGACUUUUGGGCUAUAGAGCCAUGAACCAAAAACUGCGAACAGAACACAAAGUACAAGUGCCAAGACAUCUAGUCCAUAAUAUGAUGGCAAACUUAGACCCAGCAGGUCUAGAGGCAAGAAACCUUCAAAAGAAAAGGAAAAAGCCAAAAGGACACUUUACUUCGGCAGGUCCAUUGUGGGUAGUGUCGUUAGAUGGACAUGACAAGCUAUGCGGUUACCAAAACUGGACAUUUCCUCUUGGCAUAUAUGGAUGUAUUGAUACUUUUUCUCGAAAGAUUUUGUUUUUAUUUGUGUGCACUUCGAACUCAAAUCCUUUUGUAGUGGGUAAGAUGUACCUUCGACAUCUGUUCGAAACAAAGGCCCUUCCUAGGUAUCUGAGAAUUGACAGAGGAACUGAAACUGGUAAGAUGGCUACUAUUCACACAUAUCUCAUAAACAAAUCUGGAAUUAUGAAUGACCCUACAGAUUCUGUGAUAUAUGGUCCAUCAACAAGCAAUAAGAUAGAGCGGUGGUGGCGGGAUUUGCAUGAAAGGUUAGAGAAGUUCUUUAAACAACAGUUAACAGUCCUACUACAAAGACGACAAUACAAUCCAUUCUUCUCACAUGAUCGCCAAUUGCUUGCCUAUGUUUAUGUGCCUAUUGUUCAAAGGGAAUGUACUAAUUUUGUUAAUUACUGGAAUUCACAUAGAAUACGUGCCCAAGAUAAGUUGGAAAUUCCUACUGGCAUACCUAACCACAUGUUUGCUUUCCCUGAGAAUUAUGGAGCCACUAAUGAAAGCAUUGAUUUGUCAGAUGACGACAUUCAGGAUGUUGCUGAAGGUUCUGGUGUGAUGGAUGAAGAACACAUAGUUAAUUUCAUUGAUCCAGAUACAAAGCAACAAUGUGUGGGACUGAUCCCAAAUCCUGAGAAAAUUGAAGCUAAGAAUGCAAUUGAAGCUUAUCGAUUUCUUAAGCAAAACAUUCCUGAUCCUCCAGGAACAUGA